AUGAAGAAAGGGGUACCCUUCGAGUGGGAUGAAUCGUGUAGGAAUGCUUUUACAAGCAUCAAGGCGUAUCUCAUGAAUCCCCCAGUGCUGGCUGCGCCCAUUCCAGGAAAACCAUUGAUUCUCUAUAUUUCCGCUCAAGAACGGUCGGUUGGGGCCUUACUCGCUCAAGAAAAUGAUGAAGACUUUUUAGCCGAUCAUCCCCUACCUGCUGAGUGGGAGUUGACUGAUGAACUUCCCGAUGAAGAAGUGUUUAUGGUCGAAUCGUCGUGGUCAAUGUAUUUCGAUGGAGCUGCUCACCGUGAUGGAGCUGGUGCGGGAGUUGUCUUCUAUACUCCUGAAGCAGAUAUAUUGCCAUACUCUUUCACUUUAACACGCCGGUGUUCCAACAAUGUGGCUGAAUAUCAGGCGUUGAUUCUCGAUCUUGAAACGGCUAUAGACAUGAAGCAGUUGCAUCUUAGAGUCUAUGGUGAUUCAAAAUUGGUGGUAAAUCAACUUCUUGGUGUUUAUGAUGUCAAGAAACCAGAAUUGAUCCCAUAUUAUAAGUAUGCAAGGCAACUCAUGGGAUAUUUAAGUAAUGUCACUAUAGAACAUAUCCCAAGAAAUUUCAACCAACAAGCUGAUUCUUUGGCAAGGGUGGCGUCCAUGAUCACUCUACCUUCUCAUCGAAAUCAAAUUUCAAUAUGCCAAAAUUAG